GCGCCGCGCCGGCGACAGAGCUCGGCUGGUGCCUGACGCACGUAGACGCGAAGUAAAGGCGGACAAAUGAAAACGGGCGGCGGCGUCCCUCGCCGGCGCGGACACUCUGGACUCCCCUCUAGGUGUCCAGGUCUGCAUUUCCCUCGUCUUCAGAGGGUCCUGUCCCACAGCGCGCCCUUUUGUCGUGGCGUCGGCCGCACUGGCAGGUGGAGGUGCCGCUUGGGGCCACAUGCUGCCCUCUUGCCCAGAUGUUUGACCUACGGUGGGAAAAGGCAGCUGCCUCCAGGUUGGAUGUGAAUGGAUCAGGCCUGGGACAGGGCCCAUGGGCCUCGGCCAAACACAGCCACUGUCCAAGUGCGGGAGCUGAGCUGGCUGGGCCUGCACAACCCCUGCCCCCAGAUCAAAGACCGGGGCAGCCAUGGGGGCGGCCAGAGCCAGCAGCUGGGGGAGGAGCACCUGGCGCCCACCCGGCUGCAGGCCCUGGCUCAGGCCGGUGACCUCCGACAGGUGAGCGUGCUGGAGCUGUGCGUGGACACCCGCAGGAACAGCCUAGGGAACUUCGGGGUGCACCUGCCCAACCUCAGCCAGCUGAAGCUGAACGGCAGCUGCCUGGGUUCUCUGAGGGACCUGGGCACGGCCCUGGGCCGCCUGCAGGUGCUGUGGCUGGCUCGCUGCGGCCUGGCGGACCUGGAUGGCAUCAGCUCUUUCCCGGAGUUGAAGGAGCUCUACCUUUCCUACAACGGCAUCGCAGACGUAAGCCCGCUGUGCCUGCUGGAGCAGCUGGAGGUGCUGGACCUGGAAGGCAACUGCGUGGAGGGCCUGGGGCAGCUGAGCUACCUGCAGCUGUGCCCGCGGCUGGCCGUGCUCACCCUAGAAGGCAACCCCGUGUGCCUGCGGCCAGGUCCCGGCCCCGCUGACACGGUGCCCGAAGGCUACAACUACCGGGCAGAGGUGACGAAGCUCAUCCCUCAGCUGCAGGUCUUGGAUGAGGUGCCAGCCACACACACGGGCCUGCCGACCUCCCGGAAGCUGGACCAGGACUGGCUCAUGGUGAAGCAGGCCAUCAAGAAAGGCAGUGUCCUGGACAGCCCGCACCCCGGGCUGGGUCGUCCCCAUGGACCCCCUACUUGGAGACUCGGCCCCAAGCUGUCCCCCCCCGAGAUCCAGCCCUGGGUCCCCAGACCCUGGCCCCUCUCCCUGCUGGUCCCUGGAGGUCCCCUGCCUGAAGACCUUCUUCCCAAGGGCCUGGCCCCAGAGGAUGAUGCCAGCAACCUCACCCACGGUGCCGGCCGGGUCCUCUGCGGGAACCCCACCAAAGCCCUGCAGGAGCGUCGGCACCAGGGCCAGGCCUGGGUGUACCCAGAGAAGCUGCCCCCUCACAGGCCAGAAGACCUGGCCACCGGGGUCUCCACCCCCAGGCCUGACCCCGUGGACAGCCGUGACCUCCGGGCCUCAGCCGGGCUUCAGGCCUUGAGGGAGCCACGCCUGCGACCCCUUCCCCGUAGGCGCCUGGAGUCCGGAGAAGAAGGGACCACAGCCCCCUGGGGCCCCCAGAGGGCCCCUGAAGAACAAGAGGACGAGGCUGGGCCCGAGCCUCGCUCCAGACCCCCGAGCCUGGUCCCAGAGACUUCCAGGACCUUGGACUACAGCCUGAUCCCCUCUCCGCCCAAGUCCCUCAUGUCAUCUGACAGGGGCAGCAGCUGGGGGUCCACAGAUCUGCAGUUCCGGGGGCGCCGGCUUAGGGCCCUGGGGACUUUGGGGUCUGACCCGGGUCAGGGGCUGGCUGCAGUGACUGCCCUGAGAGCCCUGGAGGUGGCCUCAGGCCCCAGCCCUCGAGCCAGAGGAUGUCCAGGCCCAAAGCCAGCACCAGAUCCAGCUGCCAGACCCCUGGCCUCCGGUGCGUGUCACACCUGAACCCCAUCACCACAGCCCAAUCCCUCCCUAGCGCCAACCCCCACCCACUGCCAGGCCGGCCUGGGCUGUGGCCAGUGGCCCCAGUGUGGUCUGGGGAGCACCAUGUGAACCCUGGCCUCACAGAUCCCGGAGCAUCUGGGUGAGUGUGGGGGAGGGAAGUGGGCCUGGCCCAGGAGAGGACCCUCCUGGUGGAGGGAAGUCAGGCGUUGGGACCGCCAGGGGUAGGCAGAGGGAGAGCCCAAUGCCCCACCUCAGGCCCAGCUGGCCCCCUCUUCCAUGCGGCCUGGCCUUCUCAGGAGGCACAGGUCUGGAUGAGAGUGGGUUGGUCCCAGGCCCAGGAGGCUGGAGCUGGGCUCUGUCCAUUCCCAGGCCGGCCCCCCGGCUGUCCCAGGGCGCUGAACCACCGCGGGGCUGCCGCGGUCCCGCGGGGAGGGGAGGCGCCUGCCCUAGGCCAGCCUGGGUGUGGCCAGGCCUCCCAUCCCUGGUGGACUUGCGGGUCCCCCGGCGGCCAGUUCCCUCCUCGCGGGGCAGGCCAAACGAGGGAACUGGCCAAACGAAUCAUUUGCGACUCUCAGGUGUACAGAAACGCGGUUUACUUAGUAGGCGGCGUGGGUUCAAUAAAUUAUGCACCUGGCA